CACUUGGUUGCUAUGGAUAGAAAAAUAGAGACAUUGUCGCAGAGAGGUGACGCCGGAAGGCGGCAGGGGGAGCGGGUUUCAAACGGUAAAAACAUUAUAUAUCAAUAGAGGUCAAGACAGAGAGUGGAUCUACACGGGUACCGGUCUCUGAUUACAUGGCUCUGCCCCCGGCGUUCUCUCUCCAUGACUCCUCACUUAUCAGUGGUAUAGAACCUCUCCCACUGUCCCCUUCUCCUUGUCAGGUGACCCCUUAUUCUUCUCCUCCUCCAUUUGUUUUGUCUCCUUCUUCCACCUCUUCCUUUAGACGUGCAGCCUCAUCUGGGGUCACAACACAAUUCUAUGCCUCUUUGAGGUGCAGCAGAGAGAUGGACAGUGAAGAGAAUAUAACCAUAGUUCCCAGUGCAGAAGAGCAUUUUGCAGUCCAAGGUCCAAUAAUGUCUGAUACAGAAGAGCUGGCAAAUGAGAUGUCCAGAAAGUUACAGGAGGGUGUGGAGGUCUCUGGUACAAAGGGGGUGUCUUCUUAUAUUUCACAGAUGGAGUCUGUACGGAGUCACUUGCAGAAUAUGUUGAGUCUGGGCAAGAUCAUGAGUGCACACAGUGACCCCCCUGAAAAGCGAGAGGAAGAGCAGAGUGACAGCACCAGCACUUUGUUAAGUGCCCGUCCAAUGCAGGAUCGUGUACCUCCCUUUACUCUCUCUGGUCUUGAAGCUCUGUUUCCUCAUUACUCAUCUUUAUACAGCUCGGUCCCAUCUCUCCCUGACCUUCAGCUGAGAGAUGCAUUAGAGAGGGAGUCCACCCGACGUAAGCACCUGGAACAUCAUAUACAAGAUCUGCAGAAUGAGAUUCUGGAGUUACAACAGAGACUGACAGUAACACUAACAGCUGAUCGCAGGAAAGACACCAUGAUUCAGCAGUUGGAUCAGACAUUGGCUGUGGUAGUGGGUGGGUGGAAGCAACAAGAACAACAAAGGGAGGAGAUGAUGCGCAAUUUGAGGGAAGAGCAAGAAAAGGCUGAGCUGGCCAGUGAGAGGGACCAGGAGAUGCUCUUUAAAAUACAGAAGGAACUAUUAGACACAUGUGAAGCUCUCAGCAGAGAGAAGCAGGUGGUGACUGAGAAACAGCAAGAGAUAGAGCGACUACUUGAAGAAGGGUCAUCUCUAAGUGCUCAGAUACAGGCAGAGCGGGAAAAGGAAGACGGAGCCAGGGAGGAGGAACACAGGAAACUUGAAGAACUGAAGCUUCAAAUGGAAAAUCAACAAAGAGAGUGGGAGGAGAGGAAAAGAGAGCUGCAAGAGGAGUAUGAGAGCGCUCUAGAGGAAAGGAGGAGAGAGCUAGAGAACGAGAGGGCUCUAACUCAGAAGGAAUCACAGAAGUCCCAACAAUGGCAACUGACUGUUUCCUCCCUGCAAGAAAAAGUCCUGAGUUUAGAGGGAGACCUGCAGACAGCACAUAGGGAAAGAGACACAUUGCAGAUGGAACUCAACUUAGAGAAGGCUCGUGGUGAGUCAGAACGAGUCAGGAUGGAAAGUGAGCAUAAGAUGCGUUUGGAGGAAGCGAUCACUGAGAGACUUAGUGGUGUCCAUGAGGAGAACUCCAAACACAUGUGUACAGUGAGAGAGCAGCACAGGAAACAGCUGUUAGAUCUCACAUCACAACACGAAACCGAAAUGUCUAACCAGCUUUCACAGUUUAAGUCAGAGUUACAGGAGCGUGAAAGACGUCACAGGGAUACCAUAAUGGCGUAUGAACUGAAACUUACUCAGUCUGAGGAGAGGGCGCAAGAGAUGUCUCUGGCUCUCCGUCGGUUAGAAAACGAACAAACAGAGAUGCUUACCCAGCUUCAGGGAGUUAUGCAGAGUCAUUGGAGCCAGGCUCUGAAAGUGCUGACUUCAAAAGCAAGAGGCGAUGCUGUCUCUGAAGGGUCACACUCUUUUCCACCACUAACUCUCCCUCUUCAGUCAGUUAUGCAAAAGAACUCGGAGGAAAAAUGGGCCACCUGCCAAACAGAGAGUGGCUACAGAGAGGAUGAUAGAGAUAAAGAGAACCAGUACAAUGGGAAUGCCAGGCAAUCAAAGCCCAUCACUAGCCAAUCUGAUGAGACUGUGAGCCCACUCAUAAUGGAGCCCACACUUAAUCAUGGGAGCAAUAAGAGUAUAAAAGCGGAUUACAACAAUCAUGAUAAUAGCAAUCAGUAUAUUGUAGACAGAAAUGUUAACAGCCAGCAGUUUUUUGGUAGUAGCCACCUGAAUGACAGAAUUAGCUCACAACAUAUUAUAAAUCAACAAAUGACAGGUUUUGGCCAUCUUGAGGAUAAUAGACAUAAUCAUGAACAUAUAAUAGGUGCUGGCAACCAACAGAUUAACCACUUCAAGGAGGACAGUGGCCCACAUAAUUUUAGACUAAGUCCAUUCAUGGAUGGUAGUAAUCAUGGUAUAACUAGCACUUGCAUUUUCAAAGAGAUCAGUAACCAGCCACUGAUGGGAGGUAGCAAAAGUAAUAGCCAGGAUACAUUUGGUAAUAAUAGAGGUAGCCAAAUUGGUAUCAAUAAACACUACAAUAAUGGAAGUAGUCAGUCCGUCAUGCAUGAAAGCAUGAAUAUGAACACCAUCUGUGGUGGUGAUUUUAAAGAAAUGAGUGUUCAGUCUUUGAAUAGAGAAUCAAGUAAGACCAAUAGACAAAGUUAUAAUAGCAAUAGUCAAUUCGGUGAGCCAAUUAGCCAAUCUGCAAGUGCUACUCGUACCUUUGUUGGUAGGGAUGCUAGUAACCAAAGUAUUCAUGGUAGAAGCCAUUCCGUUAUAGAUGUUAGCCAUAACAACAGUCAACAACCCAUGGUUAGGAACACCAGUCUUCAAAAUAUUUUUGGCAGUAGCAAUUCCAAAGAGAGCAAUCUUCCAUAUAUGUUAGACAAUGAGCGCUUCAAAGAGUUUGCUAGCCAACUCAUUAGUGCUACCCAUCAGAACAGUGCUGGCUUUGUGGACCAUAGAUCAUCUCAAUCCAAAGCAAUGGGUUAUGGGUCAAAAAAUCACUUAGACUACUUGUCAAGCUGCAGGGCCACUGACCAAGAUGAAAGCUUCUAUCCCUUGCAAAUGGAAGAACUAAGUCAUAGCUUCAGUAGCCACCUUGGCUUCUUUCCCUUGGAUCCAUAUCCUGAUGAUACAAGUAGGGAAUCUGGAAUUCUCUCCCAAGAUACCCCCGAGCACCCUUUUCUAGAGGAUUCAUUACUUAAGAUUGAAAACCGUAGCCUGGAUGCUACCUCAAACAUGAGAGGAAAGGGUGACAGCAGCCUCCCUAAUUCCGUACUCCAGUAUUAUAUCCGGAUGUUAUUAGACCGUACUCCUGGAGACCCUCUAAAUGAUGAUCAAGAAAAAGACUUGUCACAUCUUAAUCCAGGUCCAGGAUCACCUCCUUCAUCAGGUGUUCGGGAUAUCUCACAUGUUCUUGCUACUCACCCAGAUCCAAACCAAAUAGAAUCACAUCAGUAUCUGCCAAAAGGAGCAUUUCAGCAGCCCAUCGGAUCUGGGCAGAAGAAUGAGGUUGACUCCAAAUUGCAAACAAUCCCCAGAAAAAAUACUGAUCCAAAAGUGCCAGAUGCCGUAAAAAAAGAGGUGGUCUCCUCUCAGCGUCAUCCUCCUACCCAGAAGGUCCUUAAAAGAGUGUCGACACGUGGUGGACGUCCUGGAAUCUGGAGAUAGUGUGCUACUUUUAGCAGAGUGUCUGGUCACAUGCUCACUGUUCCUUUUUGUGUGCGUUUAUAUAUUUAUUUAUUUGUUUAUUAUGUAAAAUGUACAACUGUGUGUGUAUAUGUUUAUUUAUACAAUGAUAAAAACAAAGGCAUUCUCUUGAACUUCUACCAUCAUCAUUUUUAUACUGUAAAUGCAUACCUUUGUUCAUUAACCUUGCUACUAACUGAUAAUGGCUGAUUAUGGAUGUGAUUUAUUUUCCUUUGUUUUGUUUUUUUAUUUACCAUUGUACAAUAUGUUUUUGUAUAAUAAAAGAAUAUGAUUUCUAAGACUCA